AUGAGUGAGGAAUAGUGUGAUUAUGUCUUCAAAUUUAUAAUUAUUGGAAAUGGCAAUUGUGGAAAAACAAGUCUCCUUUAUCAUUAUAUUCAUGAGAAAUCAAUUACAAAUGUUAAGCAGACAUUAGGAGUUGAAUUUUCUGCCAAGAUUAUUUAGGUAAAAUAAAAGAAAAUUAAAAUGUAAUUAUGGGAUACGGCUGGUUAAGAGAGAUAUCGAUCCUUAACUAAAGUUUAUUAUAGAGGUGCCUUAGGUGCUUUAAUAGUAUUUGAUGUUACGAAUUCAGACUCUUUUGAAGCUCUUAGAGAGUGGAUCAAACAUGCGAGAGAUUUCUCUAAGCCAUCUAUUCAAAUUAUUAUCAUUGGAAACAAAGUAGAUCUAGAAAAAGAAAGAGUGAUUUCUGAAUAAACAGCCAAACAAUUUUGUUAAGAUAAUGAUGUAUAGUAUGUGGAAACUAGUGCUACAACUGGUUAUCAAGUCAAUGAAGCAUUUACUCUAAUAACAACAAAAACUCUAGAUUUAUUGUAAUAAGGAGCUAUUGAUGGUGGCAUGAUCAAACCAAAAUUCCUUAUGUCGAAAAAGGUAGAUGAAAAAGAAAAAUAAUAGCAAUGUAAUUGUUGA